AUGCAUCUACAAACCGCCGCGGAUGCACUCCGUUGCAAGACCUUCCCCAUGUUUCUGAAGGGUAAGGCCCGGCUCUGGUUCCAGGGUCUGGCACCGGGAUCUAUCCGGAGUUUCACCGAGCUGGCCAGACAGUUCGCCGCCCAGUUCGUCUCCUCGAAGACUUACUCGAAAAACGCGGCUCACCUGAUGGCCAUCAAGCAGAAGCCGGACGAGUCCUUGAAGAAUUUCACGACUCGCUUCAACACAGAAAGCCUGCAGAUCAGGGACAAGGAUGAAAAUGUGGUCAUGGCUGCCUUCAUGAACGGGCUAAGGGUAGAGGAACUCUACUACAAGCUUGCCGAACAGCUCCCCAAAAAUCUGGAAGAGCUCUUGACCCGGGCUCACGCCGCCGCCAACGCAGAGGAGGCCGCCCGCCUGAAGCGAGAGUCAGAUCGAGAACUCGGGUAUCGGAGAGGACGGGGAAACCCCCCUGAAACCAAGGACGACCAAGCCAGGAAGAACGUCUUCGAUCGCCUCUCUAAGGAUAAAGCCCCCGCUCAACCGCCACUCCCGGAAAAAGGGUAUACACCCCUGACUCGGCCUAGGGCACAGAUCCUGGCUGUGAUGGAGGCAGAGGGUCUAGGAGGACGACCGCCCAAGAUGGGGACGCCCCGGAAUAAAAGGAACCAGGACCGGUACUGUGCCUUCCACCGUGAUGUAGGGCAUGAUAUGGAGGGAUGCUGGGCCUUGCGGAAGGAGAUUGACGACUUAAUCCAACGUAGUUUCUUGGGGCGGUUUGUGCAGCCAGGUAGGCCGGGCCAGGAGCGCGGACGUGCCUACCCCGAAGAGAGGAGCGAAGGCUACCGCCGAGACCGCCCUAAGCGGCGUGACGCGGCCCGAGGCUACUCCCCCGACCAGGGCACUCAGAACUUGGCAGGGGUUAUAAACACCAUAGCUAGGGUCCCACGGGAGGAGACAGCCAUACAACCCGGAAGAACAGGCGACCUCCCCCCGACGGAGAUGAUUCACUGA